GUUUGAUUCAUUCCUUUCUUUUUGCGUCGGCAGAAAAAAAUUAUAAUCAUCUCUCAAGAUGGUAACAUUCACAAUUAUCCAAAUGAUGGUAAUGAUGUUUUUCAGCUUAUGCCGUGCACAAGACGGUUGCGUCGCGUAUGACUCUGCAAAGUUUGCAGUUGAGCAAGUCACGGUUGGAUCUCAUUAUGGUUGCUUUGAGGCCAGUGUAAGAAGAAAUCAGUCUUAUGCCUAUACCUACCAAGGUGGUGUUUGUAAAAUUACAGUUUUGUUCAACCCAAACAAUAUAUCGGUCGACCCCAAAUGGGCAACGGGAUUUGUAAUUUGUACCAACGAUCCGUCCCACUGUGCGGCCUAUUCAAGCUUUACAGCGGCAAGCUCGUUUAUUUCUACACAUGCGCUGAAUCUGAGAUCACCACCCAAGCGCCAACCACCCAAGCGCCAACCACACAAACGACAACCACCCAAACGCCAACCACCCAAGCGAAACUCACCCAAGCGCCAACCACCCAAGCGCCAACCACCCAAACGCCAACCACCCAAACGCCAACCACCCAAGCGAAACUCACCCAACCGACAACCACUCAAGCAACAACCACACAAAAAGCAACCACUGCUACUACUAAAAAGACAAGAAUGA